AUGCUUUAUUCCUUAACAGAAGGAACUGUGAAAGGCACAAUUAUGCUCUCUCCAUUAAAGGUAAAAACAUGCAUCUUGAACAUUCUGAACAUUCUUUCAGUCAGCAUUCUAAACCUCAGGAACAUUCUGAACAUUCUUUCAGUCAGCAUUCUAAACCUCAGGAACAUUCUGAACAUUCUUUCAGUCAGCAUUCUAAACCUCAGGAACAUUCUGAACAUUCUUUCAGUCAGCAUUCUAAACCUCAAGAACAUUCUAAACCUCAGGAACAUUCUGAACAUUCUUUCAGUCAGCAUUCUAAACCUCAAGAACAUUCUUUCAGUCAGCAUUCUAAACCUCAGGAACAUUCUGAACAUUCUUUCAGUCAGCAUUCUAAACCUCAGGAACAUUCUGAACAUUCUUUCAGUCAGCAUUCUAAACCUCAGGAACAUUCUGAACAUUCUUUCAGUCAGCAUUCUAAACCUCAGGAACAUUCUGAACAUUCUUUCAGUCAGGAUUCUAAACCUCAGGAACAUUCUGAACAUUCUUUCAGUCAGCAUUCUAAACCUCAGGAACAUUCUGAACAUUCUUUCAGUCAGCAUUCUAAACCUCAAGAACAUUCUGAACAUUCUUUCAGUCAGCAUUCUAAACCUCAAGAACAUUCUGAACAUUCUUUCAGUCAGCAUUCUAAACCUCAAGAACAUUCUGAACAUUCUUUCAGUCAGCAUUCUAAACCUCAGGAACAUUCUGAACAUUCUUUCAGUCAGCAUUCUAAACCUCAGGAACAUUCUGAACAUUCUUUCAGUCAGCAUUCUAAACCUCAGGAACAUUCUGAACAUUCUUUCAGUCAGCAUUCUAAACCUCAGGAACAUUCUGAACAUUCUUUCAGUCAGCAUUCUAAACCUCAGGAACAUUCUGAACAUUCUUUCAGUCAGCAUUCUAAACCUCAGGAACAUUCUGAACAUUCUUUCAGUCAGCAUUCUAAACCUCAGGAACAUUCUGAACAUUCUUUCAGUCAGCAUUCUAAACCUCAGGAACAUUCUGAACAUUCUUUCAGUCAGCAUUCUAAACCUCAGGAACAUUCUGAACAUUCUUUCAGUCAGCAUUCUAAACCUCAGGAACAUUCUUUCAGUCAGCAUUCUAAACCUCAGGAACAUUCUGAACAUUCUUUCAGUCAGCAUUCUAAACCUCAGGAACAUUCUGAACAUUCUUUCAGUCAGCAUUCUAAACCUCAAGAACAUUCUUUCAGUCAGCAUUCUAAUUAUCACGAUGACUUACUGUCGUCGCUGUAAAUGA